GGAGUCGUUAUCUCGCAUGCGCGUCGCGGAUUUCAAUUUCUGUGUAUCGUCUGGUUUUGGCCCUUGCCUUGGGGCCUGUGUGCGAGUGUCUGUGUUAAUCCCUAUUUGGAUUCCGAAUCCAACCAACCCUAUCCCCCUCAUAAACGUUCCACAAUCGCGCGUUCCUUAAGCUCCCAUUUCCCGUUUUGGCCAAUUUCGAGCAUCCAUCGAUGGGACCGUUGUGCGUGAUUUGACUGCGCGCGAGUGCCUAGCCACUCAUAAAUGAUGUCGUACAACUUGAUAUCGAUAGUCAGAGGUAUUAUCGCUAGUCGGGUCGCUGCGACUAAUGGCAAUAUAAUCAGUGCUUCAUGUAUUAUGAUGUUUAAGACCUAAUGAAACGAUACAAUAACACAAUAAAACAACAACAAUAAGUAGAUAACUGCACCAAAUUGACGACGCUUAAAUUCGUUAUUGUGUGUUUUAUUUUUAGUUUUACGAGGGCUCCAAUCUUAAUAAACAUUACGUUGGCCGCCCAUAAUUUGUAUUGAUUUGUAUUAAUAAUUGAGCAACCUUAUCAACGUCUCGAGUCGUUUUCAAAUAUACAAAUACGAAGACUAGAUCCUUAACUUCGAUUAGCCCUGCUCACGUUAAUUGUGGCAGCAACAUCUAACGAGAUCACACUAAUUCCGUCAACGGUAGCAGCGUCAACGGGAGUCAAUCACAGCAGUGGCGUCCAGCCAAAGCCAUAUUGUUGCGCCGAUAGCGGCGAGUGUCUCCCCCUCCAGCAUCAGCUCCCAGCCACCAGAUAUGUCCAUCUCAUUAGCGCCAAUACAUAUACCCGCGAUCAGGCCCGGCUUCGAAACGGACUCUGCGACGCCCGUUAAGCGGCACGCGCAUCCCUGGCCCUACGACAACGAGUUCAACCAGUACCAUGCCUCGCCAUACUAUCUCGAUCGGGAUCGCAAGCCCAUGUUUUACGGUUACCCAGAGACCCAGUUUCAGCCUGCAUAUUGGCCCAACUACCGUGAUCAGCCGACCUCCGCUGCAGCGGCGGCCUACAUGAGCGCCACCGACGAGCGCCAUGCAUCAGUCAGCGCGGCAGCAGCGGCGCGCCAGUCCGUGGAAGGCACCUCUCAGUCCAGCUACGAGACACCCACUUACUCCUCCCCAGGUGGGCUUCGCGCCUUCCCCGAGGCCUACUCGAGCACAGGGACGUCUGGUGGUCUUUCGGUUGGUGCAGUGGGUCCUUGCACGCCGACAAAUGCGAUGCACGAGUGGACCGGACAGGUGUCGGUGCGAAAAAAGCGCAAGCCGUACUCAAAGUUUCAGACACUGGAGCUAGAGAAGGAGUUUCUCUUCAAUGCGUACGUGUCCAAACAGAAACGCUGGGAGUUAGCUCGCAAUCUGCAGUUGACAGAGCGUCAGGUUAAGAUUUGGUUUCAAAAUCGUCGCAUGAAGAACAAGAAGAACUCGCAGCGACAGGCCACUCAGCAGAAUAAUAACAACAACUCCAGCAGCAAUCACAACCAUGCCCAGGCGGCACAGCAGCACCACAACAACCAUCACUUAAACUUGGGCCUGAGCAUGGGCCACCAUGCCACAAAAAUGCACCAGUGACCUUUGGACAACAGCAACGCUGGCGCUAUGGGCUUUGCCACCUACUAGCAUUUAGCCAAUCCCAAUCCGAAUCCCCAUCCACAGCCGGACCCCAAUCUUAAUACAAAUACAAACAUCAAUCCAAUUAAAAAUGAGAUGAUAUUGGAUUUUCCAUGUUAGUUGAACGAUGAGUCCAAGCAGUACAAAUACAUAUAUAUACACACAUGUAUGCAUGCGUAUCCCAAACAAAACACGGGCUUGUACUGACUGACCCGAAAAUGUUCUUGGAGGCGAGGUUGGAGUGUAAGUGGAGGAGGUUGAAGUGGAUGAAGAGGAGGCAGGCUGCCCAGUUCAAGAGUUGGUGUCGCUGUUUUCAAAGUUUAAAUCUUUGGCAGACCAGGCCAAGGGGAGUUGAAAAUGUAUGUUUAAUGAAUUACAAUUAAUAAAUAAGUCCGUUCUUCAAAUAUCUAUAAACAAGCAAAUCAAAUGUAAAUUACCCCGUCUAUUAAAGCUGGGUGCGGUAGUUGAAUGCGAUAGACAGUUAGCUGCAUAAAGCAUAUAGUAAACAGAAUCGGAAAUAUGUAUAUUUGUUUAUGUAUUUCUCUUAACUCUCUCAUUAAUGAACGCGCAUACUUAUUAAUUUUCAACAAUAAAUAUUAUAUGCAUAUGUACUAUCCAUAUUAAUUAUGAAUACAGAAACAAUUCGAGUAGUAGAUUCUAAAUGUAAGUGCAGGUUAAAUUGAAGAUCAAGCACAUUGUAGCCCCAGAAAUAUGUUCUUAAUGUGGAACUAAUAAAUUGUUUAACAAUUUUCACAGACAAACUAGUAGCCACAAAGCAUGUACACAAACACAUAGAUAGACACACACACACAUGCAGAAAAACAGAAAUAUACAUUUGCAUACACACACACACACACCCAAACACAAACACACCGCAAUGCAGUUAGACAGCGCCGGAAUUAUACUUAGCAUAAAUUUUGUCAUUAUAUUGUUCGUUGUGUCGUGUUCUUAGAUAAAUAUUAAGUUCCUGUAUAUAAACUAAGACAUUAAAUCACAAAAUGAAAGCACGCGCAAAGUUAGUGAAACCGUUUGUGUUUUGUGAGUUAAAUGAAAAACGAAAUGAAAACUUGAUACAUAAAAACUUAAUGAAAAAAAAAAAAAAAAAAACAAGUAAAAAUCUAAAAACAUAUGAAACUAGCAAUUUAAAAUACAGAUGUCGAAUUCAUUUUAUUACGAGUAUAAAUUGUAAAUCAAAAGUUUUUUGAUGUGUGUGCAAAUUUACUUCAUAGUUAUUGGCGCUUUUGAUCUGAAAAAAAACAAAAACAAAAUAGUGCACGUAAAGCUAAAGUUAAAACUAAACCUUAAACCCUAAUCUAAACCUAAACAAAAAGAAAGAAAAACUAAAGAAGAAAUACAUUUUAAUAAUACUUGUAAGAAAUAUAAGUGGCAUCAAAAGAAGUUGAGCAACAAUUAAUUUACAAUACAUACCUUAAAGCUAUUUACAGUACUUAUAUAUAGUACAUACAUAUGAAUAAGGCACAUAUGCAGACAUAUAUUUUAUGUGUAUCGACUCAGCUUAAUCCUGAUAUUACAUCUAAGUUCAGUUAUGUUGUGUAAUUAUCGAAUUUUUGUUAAUGUUUUGCUUCAUACAUUAUAUAUUGUAUCAUAUACAUGCAUAUAUGUAUAAUAUCGUAUGCCUAUACAUACAUACUUACUUAUUAAUGAAAUUAUUUCGCCAAUUGCUUUAUCCUAGUUCUUGUAUUAUUAUUCUUUCACACCUUUUUCAUAAGUUGUAGUCUAAAGUCGGUUAUGUUUAUGCUUAUGUUCGAUUAUAGUUUGUUUAGUAAAUUUUUACAUAGCAUUAGCAAUUCUCUUUUUUAAAAAGUUAAUUAUUGUGAAUAAAAUA